CUGCCCCGUCCGCCCCGCAGAGGCCGCCGGGGCCGUGGAUGCGGAGGGCGCGCCGCCCGGCCGGCCGGGCGCACAGGCGGCCGCGAUGAGGGUCAACGAGAAGUACUCGACGCUCCCGGCCGAGGACCGCAGCGUCCACAUCAUCAACAUCUGCGCCAUCGAGGACAUCGGCUACCUGCCGUCCGAGGGCACGCUGCUGAACUCGCUGUCCGUGGACCCCGACGCCGAGUGCAAGCACGGCCUCUACCUCCGGGACGGCAGACGCAAGGUGGACUACAUCCUAGUGUAUCACCCCAAGAGGCCCUCGGGCAGCAGGACCCUGGCCAGGAGGGUGCAGCACAGCGACGCGGCCCCCGCAGCCCGCGGCACCAGGCAGGACCAGCCGCUGCCGGGCAAGGGGGACGUGGGGGCGGCGGGGGGGCCCGAGCCCCCGAUGGACUACCAUGAGGACGACAAGCGUUUCCGCAGGGAGGAGUACGAGGGGAACCUCCUGGAGGCCGGCCUGGAGCUGGAGCGGGACGAGGAGACUAAAAUUCACGGGGUUGGAUUUGUAAAAAUCCACGCGCCCUGGAACGUGCUGUGCAGAGAAGCCGAGUUUUUGAAACUGAAGAUGCCGACGAAGAAGCUGUAUCACAUUAACGAGACCCGUGGCCUCCUGAAAAAGAUCAACUCCGUGCUCCAGAAAAUCACGGACCCCAUCCAGCCCAAGGUGGCAGGGCACAGACCCCAGACCACAAAGAGACUGUCCUACCCCUUCUCCCGGGAGAAGCAGCACCUAUUUGACCUGUCUGACAAGGAUUCCUUUUUCGACAGCAAAACCCGGAGCACGAUAGUCUAUGAAAUCCUGAAAAGAACGACAUGUACCAAGGCCAAGUACAGCAUGGGGCAAGGAAAGGGAAGAAAGAAGGACUCUGCCCUUCUAAGUAAGAGGCGAAAAUGUAGUAAAUACGGUAUCACCAGCCUGCUGGCCAAUGGCGUUUACUCGGCCGCCUACCCCCUGCACGAUGGAGACUACGAAGGUGAAAACGUGGAGUUCAACGACAGAAAACUCCUGUACCAAGAGUGGGCGAGUUACGGGGUCUUCUACAAGUACCAGCCCAUCGACCUGGUCAGGAAGUACUUUGGGGAGAAGAUCGGCCUGUACUUUGCCUGGCUGGGCGUGUACACCCAGAUGCUCAUCCCCGCGUCCGUGGUGGGGAUCAUCGUCUUCCUGUACGGAUGUGCCACCGUCGACGAGAACAUCCCCAGCAUGGAGAUGUGCGACCAGAGACACAACAUCACCAUGUGCCCGCUGUGCGACAAGACCUGCAGCUACUGGAAGAUGAGCUCGGCGUGCGCCACGGCCCGGGCCAGCCACCUCUUUGACAACCCCGCCACCGUGUUCUUCUCCGUCUUCAUGGCCCUCUGGGCCGCCACCUUCAUGGAGCACUGGAAGCGGAAACAGAUGCGGCUCAAUUACCGCUGGGACCUCACUGGCUUCGAGGAAGAGGAGGAGGCCGUCAAGGACCAUCCCAGAGCCGAAUACGAAGCAAGAGUUCUGGAGAAGUCACUUAGGAAAGAAUCCAAAAGCAAAGAGAAGCGCCGGCAUAUUCCAGAGGAGUCAACAAACAAAUGGAAGCAGAGGGUUAAGACAGCCAUGGCGGGGGUGAAAUUGACAGACAAGGUGAAGCUGACCUGGAGAGAUCGGUUCCCAGCCUACGUCACCAACUUGGUCUCCAUUGUCUUCAUGAUUGCCGUGACCUUCGCCAUCGUCCUGGGAGUCAUCAUCUACAGGAUCUCCACCGCAGCCGCCUUAGCCAUGAACUCCUCCCCGUCCGUGCGGUCCAACAUCCGGGUCACGGUCACGGCCACCGCGGUCAUCAUCAACCUGGUGGUCAUCAUCCUCCUGGACGAGGUCUACGGCUGCAUAGCCAGGUGGCUCACCAAGAUUGAAGUCCCAAAGACAGAGAAGAGCUUCGAGGAGAGGCUGAUCUUCAAGGCUUUCCUGCUGAAGUUCGUGAAUUCCUACACCCCCAUCUUUUACGUGGCUUUCUUCAAAGGCAGGUUUGUCGGCCGCCCGGGUGACUACGUGUACAUUUUCCGUUCUUUCCGGAUGGAGGAGUGUGCCCCAGGGGGCUGCCUGAUGGAGCUCUGUAUCCAGCUCAGCAUCAUCAUGCUGGGCAAGCAGCUCAUUCAAAACAACCUGUUUGAGAUCGGCAUCCCGAAGAUGAAGAAGUUCAUCCGCUACCUGAGGCUCAGGCGCCAGAGCCCCCCCGACCACGACGAGUACGGGAAGAAGAGGCAGCGCUACGAGGCGGAUUACACGCUGGAGCCUUUCGCCGGCCUCACCCCAGAGUACAUGGAGAUGAUAAUCCAGUUUGGCUUUGUCACCUUGUUCGUCGCGUCCUUCCCCCUGGCCCCACUGUUCGCGCUGCUGAAUAACAUCAUCGAGAUCCGCCUGGACGCCAAAAAGUUUGUCACCGAGCUCCGCAGGCCGGUGGCCGUCAGAGCCAAAGACAUCGGUGAAGGCAAGGAAGGUCCCACUGUAUCUUGAAAUGAGAUGGAAAAUCACAAAGAUGCCUCGAAGUCCCGUUUCACACAACUUUAGUUAGAACGGCCCGUCUGUGCUCAGUGACAGAAGACACAAAGAUUGAGUGGCCUGUUAGGCAAGUUGUCACUUUCCUGAGACCAGGGCGGGACGCCAUCAGGGCAGGCGUAACCUUGCCGAACCGUGGGGGCUUCUCCGGCACCUGGCCCUGGAUCAUCCUUGUGGGAAACGCCUGUCACCCAUGGGGACAACUCAGACAGUGCCACGCUUUGAGGAUGAACCCCGGAGGGUUACGCCGGGUUUGGGGGAGGGGCCCUGACCAUUUCCUGGGGCCUUCGGUGUCAGGUCCUCCGAGGAACCUCUCGAGGAAGCUUGGGGAAAUCCUCAGUCCCGUCUACCGGAUGGGGAGACUGAGGCCAGGUAGUUAACAACGCUGGGCGGGAACCGGAGACGGGAAGCCCCCAGCGCCCCCCCACCCCCGCCCCGGUCUCCCGUUCCUGUGCACGUCCGUGAGAAGAGGCUUUGCCUGGAAAAGCUUACGUGGCACACCAAAGUCCCCAGGAGGAAAGGGCCGCUUGCCAGGCGCUCCCUGGACAGCCCUUGGGAAUUCGGGAGCCCCGUGGCGGUAAAGACAAGAGUGUGGCCUCCCCGACAAAGGCCUGAUUCUCAGGCGCCCAAAGGCCCCGGGCGAGCCCACAGCGGUGUGUGUUUGCUUUGGCCCCUUGGCUUGUCAGUGCUUCCCCUGCGGCCGCGUCCUGAAACUCGCCAACCCAUCGGGCUGAGAGGGAGCGCCUGGGCCACCUCCCCUCCCUGCCCGCCGCCAGUGAGGCUGGGACGCCCGUCUUCAUUCUUUGGCCCACGGCUCCCCUUUUCUCCCCGUUCUUACGGGUCAGCUGCUCACUUCCUGGUUCCCGUCUGCUUGGUCGGAGGCAUAAGCUGCCGGGUUUUCACGGGGUGUUUAUGGGCUCCUUCACCGUAACCUUUCCUCGAACAGGCCUCUGUGUUGCUCCCGUGAUCCGUGUGCGCCCCGAGGGGACACGCGGCCCCAGGGGCCCCCACGGCCUGCGCCCAGGCGCCAGGGGCGGCUCCGAGGGGAGGCGCUGCGGGGACCCAGCUCCCUGCCAGGGGGAACCCGGCCCCAGCUUCCCAGCCCUGACCUGUGACACCAGGCUCUUUGGAGCCUUCCUGGCGAACAGCCGCUGCCCGCGUUCAGCUCCUGGGCACCGCGUGUGGUCGGGCGAGACUGAACACCUGCCCAUCUCGUUCUCGGAAAUGGGGUUUAGCGUCCCCCGGUGCGGCGGGGACACCUUGAAGACUGAGACCGCGCCCCGCCCCCCGCCGAGAUUCUCAAGGAGCCGGAAGGUUUUCGUCUUGUAUCUGGAGCUCACUGGAGCAUCGUGUGCUCUCUACCGCGUGUGGCCGAGUAGCUCAGAGGGACGGUCAAGACGCAGACAGAGACUGACCCUGCGGGCGGGGCUGGCGUCCUGGGUUUGCUCGUCUUGAACAAGACCCCGUGAUUUCGGCACGGGGUCCCCCAGCGGAUCUCGGGUCUAGACACACAGAGACAUCCUGGGGCCCGUGGGCCGGGCUCCUCAACCCUCCCAUUGCCCAGGCUUGCCUCCUGUGGCCCGUUGGCCCGUCACCCGUCUCCUUUCCCCGCACUGCGCUCGGGUGGGUCCGCCUCCCCCGGGGAGUGCCAGGCUUACCCAUGGCCCGGCGCCUCGUCUGCGAGGCCUCCAACCCAGAGCCCGCAGGGCCAGGCGGCCACGUGAAGGAGUGAACAGCAGGCCAGAGGAUGCUCUCAUGGCAGAGAGCAGCGGGACUCCCUUCGUCCGUGACCCGUCCUCCCGCUCAGCGGGGACUGGACUUGGGAGGCUUCCGUGGUGGCUCCGGCCUGCAGAGAACAGAACCGCAGUGUGUGGCCCGGCCAGGAGGGGGCGCCCCCACAGCCAUGGCGCCGUGCCAGCCCCCGCGGACCAGAGCGGGGCUCUCUCUUUCUCAGGGGCUGCGGGUCCAGGUUUUUAAAAACACAUCAUCCUGCUUUGCAA